AUGUCUUUUGUUUCUCACGGCCAGAGAAACGCGAACGGAACGUACACGUUCUCCAGCAGGCCAAGACCUGUUGAAAACCGCUCCAAAUACAGAGAACAGCCGACGGAAAAGACAGAAAAAGCACACACUACUUACGGAAACAUCAUGUAUGAUCGCCGUGUCAUCAGGGGGAAUACUUAUGCCCAACGCUUUUUAUCAACAGAAGACCUUGCUGAAAUACAAAGACAGCAAGAGAUGCGAAAGAAAGCCGUGGCUAAUAAAAAGAAGACCAAGGAGCUGUUACGAGCUUCCACUCCGGAGGCUGUGCAAGGCAGAAAACACAAUGUUGUCCAAACUGAUAUUUAUCUGGAGGAGUUGAGCUACAACAUAGAAGUUUCACAUAUUGAGUGUCAGACUGAUCCUCUCCUUGACAGACCAGCAACACCGCUUUUCAUACCUGCUAAAUCGGGCAAAGAUGUCGCAACACAAAUAGAGGAGGGGGAGUUGUUCGACUUUGACAGAGAGGUACAGCCCUUGCUGGAGGUCCUGGUUGGGAAGACUAUUGAACAGUCUUUGCUGGAAGUGAUGGAGGAGGAGGAGCUGGCCUGCCUAAGAGCCCAGCAGAGGACCUUCCAGGAGCUCCGCAAUGCCGAGCUGGCUGAGCUCCAGCGGUUACAGGAGCAAGAGAGGCGCCGCAGGGAAGAAAAAGAACAUCGCAUUGCCCAGCAGAGGGAGGCACUUAUGAGGGAAAAAGAGACACUGGAGAAAAUAGCUGCACGGGCCUACACCGAGCAGUACUUGGCUGACCUUGUACCAACAGUCUUUAAGUCGUUGAGGGUCCAAGGCUUCUUCUUUGACCCUGUGGAAAAAGAUAUUGAAACAAACUUCUUCCCAUGGCUGAUGGCUGAGGUGAACAGCAAAUUGGAAAAGAGAACUGCAGCAAGGCAGCUUUUGGACACACUCAUCUAUGACGUGGCCGAGAAAAAACUAUCAUUCUACGCAGACUUACAGGCAGUAGACAAGUAG